AGAAAAACCAUUAAUGGCUAUUCAUCGAAACCAACAACAAGAAGAAGAACAAGACAGGACACAACUAUCUCUUCCUCUUAAUUAAUUUCGACGUGUCUUAUUAAUCCGCGUCUAUUCUCCUUUCUUCCUUCUUCAAUCACUCAAACGCCACCGUCACCGCCACGCCUGAAAAAUUAGGAGAGCAAAGAUUAAAAGAGUAUUUCAUCUACCACAAGAGGGACAAGUUUUGCUAAUAGGCAAUAAAGAAAGUUGUGGACUCUACAUGGCUCCUGGUGGCAUCACUUACAAAGAAGCCUUGGAGUCUUACUCGACAGGCUUAGAUUACGAGGUUAAGAUGUCUAAAUUGGAGGCUACUAACAAACCAGCCAAACCAGGUAGCGGUUCAGUUGGAAAAUAUGGAAUCCGUUCGAGCAAUGGCAAUGGUGUUCAUGAGCUUCUCGAAUGUCCGGUUUGCACAAAUCUCAUGUAUCCUCCAAUUAAUCAGUGCCCCAAUGGCCACACGUUGUGUUCAAGCUGCAAACAACAAGUGCAGAACACGUGCCCUACAUGCCGUUACGAGCUCGGCAACAUAAGAUGCUUGGCUCUCGAGAAGGUUGCGGAAUCGUUGGAGGUUUCAUGCCGGUACCAAAGCUUAGGGUGUCACGACAUUUUCCCGUACUACAGCAAGGUCAAGCACGAGCAGCACUGCAGGUUUCGUUCCUACGACUGUCCUUACGCUGGCUCUGAGUGUUCAGUGACGGGAGACAUUCCAACCCUCGUUGAGCAUCUCAAAGACGAUCACAAAGUCGAUAUGCAUAGUGGCUGCACUUUCAACCACCGUUACGUCAAGUCCAAUCCUCAAGAGGUUGAGAAUGCUACAUGGAUGCUCACGGUGUUCAACUGUUUUGGAAGACAGUUCUGUUUACACUUUGAGGCGUUUCAGCUGGGGACGGCGCCGGUGUACAUGUCGUUUCUACGGUUCAUGGGAGAUGAGAACGAGGCUAAGAAGUUUAGUUACAGCUUGGAAGUUGGAGCUCACAGCCGUAAGCUGACGUGGCAAGGGAUUCCGAGAAGCAUCAGAGACGGUCACAGGAGGGUCCGGGAUAGUCAGGACGGUCUCAUCAUCCCUAGAAACAUGGCUUUGUUCUUUUCAGGCGGUGACAAAGAAGAGCUCAAGUUAAGAGUCACUGGACGGAUUUGGAGAGAAGAGUAGAUGAUGACAAUGAUGGAUGUUUCAUAGGCUCUGUAAUGAUGAUUUUGAUUGGAACUGAAAGGGAUGAUGUACAUAGCAGUCUUGGGAGCUAUGAGAUCAAAAUCUCCCCGUGAUCAGGUUGAAAACAUUAUGUUUUGAAAUAUUACAAACUCUUAGUCUUGUAAUUUUCCUGAUUUGUUGGAAAAAUAAAGACAGUUUUCCU